AUGGACAAGAAAUAUAAUAAUAUGGCCAAUCAUAGAGAGUCAUCGUCAGAGGAGGACGAAUCACCACAGGAGGACGAGAUCGCUUGGAUACCCUGGUACUGCAACCUCAAGGGCAACGAAUUCUUUGCAACCAUCGAGGAGGAUUACAUACAGGACGACUUUAAUCUGACAGGACUCAGCUCGAUCGUACCGCACUACGAGAAUGCGCUGGGCAUCAUCCUCGACUCGGACCCCGAGGACCAGCUGAGCGAGGACCAGCAGGAGAGCAUCGAGCGCUCGGCCGACAUCCUCUACGGACUGAUUCACGCGCGAUACAUCCUCACGUCAAAGGGUCUGGCACACAUGAACGAGAAGUUCAAGCGAGCAGAGUUUGGUCGCUGUCCUCGCGUGUUUUGUCAGAACCAGCCGGUGCUCCCCGUUGGUCUGUCCGACAUGCAAGGCGUAGACACUGUUAAGGUCUACUGUCCACGCUGUAACGAUAUAUUCAAUCCAAAAUAUAGAAGACACUCUCACAUCGACGGUGCUUACUUUGGCACUACUUUCCCUCACCUGUUACUGAUCACCUAUCCAGAGUUGGCGCCACCAAAGCCACACCAGACAUACGUACCAAAGAUAUACGGAUUCAAGAUACACAAGACUGCCAGAGAGCGCACACUCCAACAUCAACAAAAAGUU